CAAGUUAUACCGAUACAGUCAUAAUACAAUUAUAAACAAUAAUUAAGCAAAAAAUAUGGUUUUUCACGCUCUAAUCAAUACAUUUUUAUUGAUAACUAUAUUUACUAUGGUUAAUUCUGUACUUUGGAGUUGUUCUGAAGAUGGUGUGGCCAUGCCGGUCAUACCCAGUCAGGUGGCGGGAGUUUGGUAUGAAAUUGGCCGUUUGCCUAGCAGUGAUGUGCCGGCAUGUUUAAAAGUUAUAGCUCCUGAGACCAAGUUAGACGGUAAUUAUACAUUACAACUGGACUAUAUAAAUAAUGUCAAUAAUGGUUGGCAGCCUACUGAGGAAUCGUUAGUGUUUCCUUGGAAUGAAGCUAAAAACGGCAAUUUUAAUUUACUAUAUUCCGAUGGAAUCGUGAAGAUGACCGUAAAGUUCAAAUAUUUGGGUAGCAUGAAGGGAUACACUGUUGUUUGUGGUUACUCAGACUUUGCGUCCAGCGUAUCUAUCAUUCGUAUUUUAAGUAGAAACAAACUAGUUAACAGCACUGUAAAGGCUGAAAUUGAUGCACUUGCUAAUCAGUUUCAUAUUAGUCUCUCCCAACUGACAUGGGUACAACAGGAUGGAAGAUGCAAUGGAACAGACAAAUUGUCUGUGUUUGGUAUUGGAGUAUUGCUGUUUUUCUAUUUAGUGCAAAGAAUUGUCUAGAAUUAUUAUUUUAUUUGUUGCAAGAGCAUUUAGUAAAAGUUUGUAUUUUUAUUUGUUAAA